CACACACACUCAUUCUCUUCCUGGCCUAUUAUUCAGACUCAGCCACUAAAGCACGAGCUGUGAUUUGUUGUUUGUUGUUUGUUGCAGCAGCGACAGCUGCAGCAGCUUUGUAUGGUGCAGCUGUAGCAGACAGUGACUGAUCGUCUUUCCAUGGCCUGUCAUCCGUCCAGCACAGGCUCCUACACUGUGGUCAUCAUCCCACUCAGGACGAGCCUCUACAGCCUGGACGCACUUCGCUUCUACCUAUGGAUUCAGCGCAUGAGGGAUCUAGAGAAGGAGAAGGACGCCCUGUGGUCAGGCCUGGAGAUUCUGGAGAAGUCUCGGCUCUGGUACGUCCAGCGGCUGGAGGAGAACAGGAUGCGACAGGACAACGUCGAGACCAAAGGGAAGUUUGACUCAGCUCAGACUCGGUCCUGCCUCCUCAGGUCUCGUGUCCUCAGGGUUAAUGGUUCUCUGGGCUCAGUGAUGUGUGAGCCAAACGUCACGAGCAAAAGCGACCCUUCCCUGCCGGAAACUGUGGCGGACAGCGACCUCCGGUGGCACAACUCGGUGCUGACUCAGGAACUGAGUGACAAAAAUCAUCGGAUCUCCACGUUGGAGCUGGAGAAAGACGCCCUCCUCGAGCAGCUGUAUGAACUACAGGCUCACUGACUUUCCAGCACACACACGUGUCUGUAAAAACGCACCACACGCUGCACUGCAACAUUUCAAUGGAUGUCAUACACUUAAAAUGCUUCCUAACGGCUUGUAUGUAAAUAUGUAUUUAAAUUAAUAAAUGACAAUUAAUGAUCCAA